AUGAAUUUUCAAUAGGAUCAUUUACAUCGAUAACAAUCAAUUCCAAAUCUACACAAAGUCCUAACUUCUAUUUUACAGAAAUGCACAAGAUACUUUUAUCCAUUUUGCAAUAUAUAACUUAAAUUAGAGUAAGAGAAAUUCAAUUUUAAAAAUAAAAAAAAGAAAAUGCAGAGCUCUUUUUAAGAGAAAGAUGCUCUAGUCGGCAUCUUUGAUUAAGUAAAAGAUGUAGAUGAACAAAUCUAUGGCGUCAUUUUAGAAAUAUUAAGUAAGGAAAAAAUUUAAGACUGCAUUGGAUUUCUAACAGAUAUUGGGAAUCAGAGACAAUCAGAAUCAUAAAUUUUAAAACGAGUAGGAAAUUUCACCCAAGCUGAUACAGAAUAGAAAUUGUCUUUUAUUGGAAAUGACAUGAAGUAAAUUACAGAUGUCUUAAGAAAAUUAUAAGUUCAUGACUUCAAUUACAAAGACUUUACCUCUGAAGAAAAUGAAGAAUCUACAAUAAGUGUUAUUAACAGCAUCAAGGAUAAUAGAAGGAUCAUUGAAUUUAUGGAAUUUUUAGUUCAACUCACUUCCAUAAAUGAAACUUUAAUAUAAUGUGGGUCUAAUUCAUUAAAUUUAUUAAUUUAAAUGAAGGUGGACAUUAGAAACAAAAAUUUUGAAAACAUAAACAUCUAAAAUACUUUUUUGGUGGGAGCUAAUUUUGUUAGAUGCAAUUUUAGUGGAUCCAUAUUUAAUAAUGUUAACAUAAGUGGAAUAAAUUUGAAUGGAGCAUUAUUAUUUAAUUGUAGAUGGAAAGAAUUAAAAAUUCAUGAACUAAAUAAAUUGGUUUGUCAUAAAUUUGUGAAUUGUCUGUAUUUCACCUGAUGGAAAUACAUUAGCAUCUAGCAGUUAUGAUAGCUCUAUCCGUCUAUGGGAUGUCAAAACAGGUUAAUAAAAAGCCAAAUUAGAUGGUCAUACUAGCACUGUCUACUCUAUUUGUUUCUCAUCUGAUCGAAAUACAUUAGCUUCUGGUAGUUUUGAUAAGUCUAUCCGUCUUUGGGAUAUCAAAACAGGAUAAUAAAUUGCCAAAUUAGAUGGUCAUACUCAAUAUGUUAAAUCAGUCUGUUUCUCUCCUGAUGGAAAUAUAUUAGCUUCAGGUAGUGAAGAUAGCUCCAUCCGUCUAUGGGAUGUCAAAACAGGAUAAUAAAAAACCAAAUUAGAUGGUCAUAGUGGUAGUGUGUGGUCAGUCUGUAUUUCUCUUGAUGGAAAUACAUUAGGUUCUGGUAGUGAUGAUAAGUCUAUCCGUCUAUGGGAUGUCAAAACAGGAUAAUAAAUUGACAAAUUAGAUGGUCAUACUAAUGGUAUCUUGUCAGUCUGUUUCUCACCUGAUGGAAAUACAUUAGCUUCUGGUAGUAAUGAUAAAUCUAUCCGUCUAUGGGAUGUCAAAACACUAUAAUAAAAAACGAAAUUAGAUGGUCAUACUCAUAAUGUUAGAUCAGUCUGUUUCUCUCCUGAUGGAAGUACAUUUGCUUCUGGUAGUAAUGAAAACUCUAUCCCUCUUAGGGAUGUCAAAACUGGAUAAGAAAUUAAAUCUUCUGAUAUAAACUACAAAGAUAUUUUUGCAUAAUUUAAGAUUCCACUCAAAUAGCAUAGCCAUAUUUCCGAAGAUAGUAUUUAUCCUCUAUCAAAUUUUUAGCCUCCAAUUACAUCACUACACUCCUAAUAUCCUAAUAGGCAGUAUUUUAAGCAGAAGGAGCACUAAUUUUGUAAGGAUAUUUUAUAAAUCAAUCAGGUAUAGAUUUAAAGACAUUGUUUAAACAAAAGGGUAGCUGUCUUUUGGAGAACCUAUAAGAAUUCAAUAACCAAUGA